CUCUUGUACACUUGUCAUUCAUUUCUCUUGCUCCUCCACGCGACGGUAACAGCCACAGCUCCGACGACAUUGCACCACUCAUCUCCAACGACUCACUAACUCUGAGCUCCGAAGAAUUCGCAUUUUCCAACACCAUACAGCCACCAUGGAUGUUGAUUCACAGCCAACUAUGGAAGAAACGAUUCUGGUGGGCGAUGACCUGAUGAUGGGUCCACCGUCACCUGUUGUGCCACCUGAAAUCGCAUCCCACGUUCUCCGCGGUGUUGAUUUGUGUGAUGGAAUCCUCAAGAACCUGUUUUUGUGCUUGCAAAUCAAUGACAUUGAACCAUUCUGCCAGGAUGAGCUUGCUCUUUAUAAACAAUGUGCUGAAAGAAGGGACAAGGAGAUUAGGAAUCGUCUUCAAGAAAGUGAGCGGAAAUUGGGCUCAUCAAUGCCUUUCGAUGAAGCCAAGGAGAGAGUUACCCAGCUUGAGAAAGAAGUUACGUCAUUGGAUAGGCGCCUCAUUCUUGCUAGUGGAGUUGAAGGCAUGGAAGGUUUUCGCCAAAGAUGGAGUUUACAUGGCCGCUUAACUGAUACCAAGAAAAGGUUGGAGUCCUUAAAGCAGGGCAUAGAUAGCAGAAAAUGAGGAUGGUCCAUUAGGGAAUCAGCAACAGAAAUUUGGUUCCUAGAUGAAGGUUGAACCUGCAUUAUGGUGGCACCUUGUUAUAUGCAUCCAUCCAAAUCUUUUAGAAAUAUGGUAUUCCUAUUAUUUGUUGUCAUAGAUUUAACGAUGUAUGUAUUUUGGUGCCCUCAAUAGUCAACAUUUUCAUUCUACCUGUGCUCCCUCUACUUUCUAAGGAAAUAGUCACAUUAUAUCUAA